UUCACUGUUGGCUGCAUGCGCAGAGAAUAGGCGGAGACACACAAGGAAAGACUACAGCAGCCACCACUGCCCUUCUUUCAUUCUAACUCACUGGAUAUGUAUUAGAUUUUUUCUCUCAUGUGGUAUCAAAGGACGCGCUGGGCUGAUGCGACUUUUGAUGCGCGCGUGUGGUUUUUAUCCUGCGGUCGAUGGCGCAGAUAAAGAGGAUGCGUGAAAGAACACAGCCCAGCCCUAUUUUCCUGAAUGCGAUUGAAUGGAACUACAUAUUUUCGGAUGAAGAUGAAAUCGGCAUGGUCUAAAUGUUGGUUUCAUCUGGAUUGCUGUGCGGAGAACCCGAAUCGAUAAAGCAAGUGAAAGCGGCACUAUGCUGCCUAAGUGAUUGAUCACUGUGCUCAAUGAGAACAAGGAGAAGCACGGCUUCGAUACGAUGGCUGAGGAAAAUAACCUGAAGACAGCUAGAUUAUGGAGGGAUGCUGCUUUGCGCUCCAGGAAGCUGAGGAGCAAUCUGAGACAGCUGACCCUCAGCACCAAAAACUGCCAGAAAAUUACAUUACCCGAGGACAUAAAGGAGAUCGAGGUCCUCAAUCUGGGCAACAACUCCCUUCAAGAGCUUCCAGAGGGACUGGGCUCAACCCUAACCAGGCUUCGCAUCCUUAUCCUUCGAAGGAACAAGUUUGCAACAGUUCCCACUGCAGUAUUUCAACUUAGUCAGCUGGUUGAAUUAGAUAUCAGUCACAACUGCUUGAACCACUUUUCAGAAGAUAUUGAUCUUCUCAAGGGGCUUAUAAAGUUGUGCAUCAGUCAUAACAAAAUCCAAUACCUGCCAUCUCAGAUUGGCACUUUGCAAAAUCUGGAGGAGCUUGACAUCAGCUUCAACGAGCUGCAUGAUUUCCCCAGGUCCUUUUCACAGCUCAGGAAGCUCAGAACGCUCGAUGUGGAUCAUAACAAGCUACAGCGUUUCCCUUCUGAAAUACUUGCCCUCUCUGAUCUGGAGGAGCUUGACUGCUCUGGGAAUAAACUAGAAGGUCUUCCGGGUAACAUCAUGAUGCUCCAAUCUAUUAAAAUCUUGUGGCUCAGCAGCACUCACCUCUCGUUUUUGCCUGAAACAUUUUGUGAGCUGCAGAACUUGGAGAGCCUGAUGCUUGAUAAUAAUUUCCUCACAAGCCUGCCGCAAUCGUUUGGGAAACUGCAGAAACUGAAAAUGCUCAAUCUCUCCUCAAACUCCUUUGAACAUUUUCCUCAGGUUAUCAUCAAACUCACCAGUUUGGAGGAGUUGUAUUUAAGCCGGAAACUGACGUUCCUCCCUGAGGAGGUAGGACAGCUGUGCAAUCUUGCUAAUUUGUGGUUGGACAAUAAUAGUAUAAAGUUUCUCCCGGACUCUAUUGUAGAGCUAGGGAAAUUGGAGGAGCUGGUUUUACAGGGUAACCAAAUCGCCAUCCUCCCAGACAAUUUUGGAAAACUUGCCAAAGUCAACAUCUGGAAGGUGAAGGAUAAUCCUCUCAUUCAGCCUCCGUAUGAAGUGUGCAUGAAGGGGAUCCCCUACAUAGCUGCCUAUCAGAAGGAGCUUGCACAUUCCCAACCUGCUGUAAAACCCAGGCUUAAACUGGUUUUGAUGGGUCAGAAAAAUGCAGGGAAAACCACACUCAGGCAGUGCAUUGUCAACAAACCGUCAGAUGCCAAGAUGGCCAUUGGAUGUAGGGGUAUUGACGUGACGAACUGGGUAGCGGAUGCAGAUCGGAGUCUUGCAUUCAUUGUAUAUGAUUUAUCUGGUAAGCAGAACUAUGAUCUUAUCAAACCCUUUUUCCUGUCUCCCGGAGCACUUUAUGUUUUGGUGGUGAAUCUGAAAUUGUAUACAUCAAAGAGCUUCUACUCCCAUGUUGGCGGUUUCCUCCACCUGCUCAGUGCCAAGGUGCCACAUGCAGUUGUGUGCAUUGUAGGCACCCACAGUGAAUUAUGUGAAGAGGUUGAGGUUGAAGAAAAGUGCCUGGAUAUUCACAGACAGAUUUCGCUCCAGGAAAAAAUGGACACUGAAUGCCUACAAGUGCUUGCCCUUCAGGUUGACGAAGCCCUUGAGCAAGGUUACGACGUUCGGACUUCUAGCCCCCAUGUUCUGUUUUAUGGGGUCACAGAUAAAAACUUGCGACGUAAAAAGUCUCAGUUGCAAUAUAUGCUCAACAAUCGCCUACAAAUCCUCUCUCCGGUGAUUUGCGUCAGCUGCAUGGUGGCUCAUAGAAACAUCCAGCAUUUGAAAGAGAAGCUCAUGUCUGUCGCCGAUCACAGGGAGAUUUUCCCCAAUCUUCACAGAGUCCUGCCAAAGUCAUGGCAGAUGCUUGAGGAACUGCAUUUUAAGCCACAGGAUUUAUGGCUUUCCUGGUGGGAUUCGGCCCGGUUUGGCCUUCAGGCUGGGCUGACGGAGGACCGCCUGCAAAGCGCGCUCUCGUACCUACACGAGAGCGGUAAACUUUUGUACUUUGAAGACAGCAUGACGUUGAAGGAAUACGUCUUCCACAAUCUACCCCGGUUUAUAGCCAUCUUGAAUGUGUUUUUUCAGAGAGACCUCGCUGCAAUGCUUGAGAAACUACAGGCUGAAGGAGACGAUGGAGAUAGCAUCAGGUCUACACAGAUGCACGGUCACGUGGAGGGGUUUCUGUUACAUGGCUUGCUGCCGUCAAAUGUGAUUCGAUUGCUGCUUAAGCCCCUGGUCCAGACACAGCAGGACUUGCACCUGAUCAUGGAACUGCUGGAAAAGAUGGGCGUUUGCUACUGUGUCAACAAACCUCGCAGCAAGCCGCUUAAUGGGGCCACCGUCUGGUAUAAGUUUCCCAGUCAGGUCAGCAACGAGGAGCCCCAUCCUGAGGCCUCGGCCAGUGGGGGGUCGUCGAUCCCUGGUCAGUUCUUCUCAGUUGAGCAGCUGCAGAUUGAAUACAGGUUUCCUUUCUUCACCCCUCUUGGACUUUUUGCACGGUAUAGCGUGCAAAUCAACAGCCACGUGGUGCAACGGUCCGAUGGAAAGCAUCAUAUCUUUGCCUAUCGGGGUAAAGUGCCUGUGACGGUGAGUUACCGGCCCUCACGGAGCACGUGGAAAGCCAUUAUUCCCUUAGUGGAGGAGUUAAAUGUUCUUCUGCAGGAAUGGCCUGGCCUUCACUAUUCUGUGCAUGUCCUGUGUUCCAAGUGCCUGAAGAGAGGGUCCCCCAAUCCACAUUCCUUUCCAGGUGAGCUGUUAAGCCAGCCCCGACCUGAGGGACUUACUGAGAUCAUCUGCUCCAAGAAUGGCUCGGAGCGGGUCAACGUGGCACUAGUUUACCCUCCAACCCCGACUGUGAUCAGCCCCAGUCAUAAAUGACAUUGACUUCACCUGCACUGAAUGGCCUCCACGAACCGCUGCACCUCUUUUCCCUAUAUCUUAUAUCACACAUGUGCACACACACAAAUAUAUGUGUGUGUUUGUGUGCGCCCUGCUUUCUUGUUGCCUCUGUCCUUCAUCCCACAUCUGAGGGGGUUGAUGGACCACCGGAUACCCGACAAGUGCAAAGAAGGUUCAUAAUGGAAGCUUGCCAUUGGAGGCCGUCAUAUCAGGACACACUUACAGGUGUUCAGCUCCGACUGCCAACACACGAUGAACUGAAAGUAUUAGAAACUGUUGCACUGACAUCCUGUUUUUGUCUAUGUACACCUAAAGCUUUUUCAGUCACCCUGAGCCUUCCACAAUGAUUUAAGCCUUUCAGUUCAAUGUGAGAUCAGACGUUUCUCUUCAAGUUCCCAUUUGUUGCAUCUCUUGGACUGAAAUCUUGUGCUGCUGGGGGCCGAGUGGUUAAGCUGAUAGAGAAUGGAAGCUAAAGGACACUGUUUCCUCUCAGACAUAAGACAGACUUUGAUUAGUGAGGUUAGAUGUUAGACUGAUGCUUUAAAUUAUGUUGUAUUUUAAAUGCAUGCCUCUAAAAUGCAAAAAUGAUUAUUAAAUGACAUACAUGGAUAAAUGCACUAGCCCAGACCUCUUGAGAGGUUUAGUCUUAUCAAACAUAAAAGGACAGAAUUGUUGGGCAUAAAUCUUUGACAUCUAUUUAUUGGUUUUCUGCUCACAGACAGACACAUUGUGUUAGUAUUGGAUAGAGAUAUGCAGACAUUUCAAAUUAUUUUUUUGCAGCCAAAGAUAUAAAAAUGUUUAUCUAUCUAUCUAUCUAUCU